GCUUUUGCGGGCACUCAUUUUGGAAGAUCGCCAUCUAUGUGUGGUGUACACUAAAGUCUGCUCCACCGUAACGCAUUGCCAACCAUUGCGAACUAUCGAAUUUUGGGUAAACAGCAACUCUGCCAGCAAAACAGCUGUGCAUAUUUUGUUUUUCGCGCGCUUUUCCACAAAUUUGUGCCGCUGUUGUGUCUAUGCGUGUGUGUGUGUGUGUGUGUGUGCGUGGUAAAGAAGCGAGAACUGGGAAAACUAAACUGAACUGAACUUAACUGCACUGCACUGCAAUUAAUAUAACAAUUUAAGGAAAAUGUCCGCCAAUGGCAAUGUGAAAACACCAAAAGCGACACGCGCCAAAGAACUGAAUCAAUCCAAAUCGAGCAGUGGCAAGAAAUUUGUACAAACUCGUCUGCCUUUCAAGCUGCUGACGCCGCUGGCCAAAGCGGCGGCCGAAGAGCAAACGGCGACUGCAUCCACAGCCACAGCGGAUGAGCAGCGUGAGCCGCGCAAGCGCAAAUUGUCCUAUGAUGACGACAAGCGCGCAACAAGCGGAGCAGCGGCAAUGGAGCAGGAUGAGUUGGGGGAGGGCGGAACGGAGAAGCAGCUGCGCAGCAGGAAUAGCAAAGAGAAUCUCGAUGUCAACAACGAAGAUGUUAUAGAGCUAGACGACGACGAGGAGGUGGAGGAGGAGGAGCUGGUAGAAGAGGAGAAAGAGCACGAGCAGUUGGAGGAGGAACAGGAGCAGCAAGAGCCAACUGAAGCAGAGCCAAUGCCGGAGAAAAAAAACAGCCGGAAGUUGGCGCCAAUUCAAAUCCAUCUGCCGCUAAACAAUAACAAACGCGCCAAACGUCGCAAGGCGCUGAUCAAAUCGUCGGUAGAGGCAUCGAUGAAGCCAGCGGACAAGGAACGCAGCGAUUCCAGCGACGAUGUUGAGUCACUGCAGCCCCAAAAGCGACCCAAGGUUAUUGAGCCAAAGGAGAACGGCAAAUCCAACGCCAAAGCCAAAUCCGAUGCAAAUGCAAAUCCCAAAAUGGAUAUGGACACAAUAUUGCUGGACAACAGCGAUGUGGCUAUGGACGUGGAAAUGCAACAAGUGGAAGAGAAGCCGCCAAUUUUGACGGCAAAGCAACAAAAGAUAUUGGAGCAGCGACGCAAGGCGCGUGAGGAGAAGGAGCACAAGCUGCAGGAGGAGCGUCGCCUCAAGCAGCUGGAGAAGGAGCAGCGCGAGCAACAGAAGAAGGCAGAGCGCGAGCAAAAGGAGGAGGAGCGUCGCAAGGAGCGCGAACAGAAGGAAGAGGAGCGACGCAAGGAGCGCGAGGAGAAGGAGCGCAAACGGCAGGCAGAGACUGAGGAAAAGCGCAAACGCAACGAGGCCAAGGAGGAGGUGCAGCGCAAAAGGGAUGAAGAACGGCGCCGCAAAGAGCAGGAAAAGGAGGAGGCAGAGCUGAAGAAGAAACGCGCCGCUGCAUCCUUCACCAAAUUUUUUGUGCCCAAGCGAACGAAGCAGACCACCAGCAAUAGCCAUAACAAUGGCAACGGCAACGGCAACUCCGGCUGCCUGGAGCACGAGCAGAACAGCAGUGACAGCAGUGGUUGUGGCAGCCAAAUGCUCGCUUUUCGUCCCUUCCAGGUCAAGGACGACAUGAUUGUGGCGCCCGUCAUACGCGGCACGCUGCCAAGCGAUACUCGCCAACUGCUGGACAGUCUCUUCCAUGAUGACGAUCAGCUUGAUGAGGGUGAUGCCAACGAGAGCAUCACUCGUGGCCAGCUCUAUCUCAGCGAACUGAGCCUAGGCAGGCACAAGCCGCUGCGCGGCAAGCGUGAUGCACGACUCGACAGAUGCGCCAAGGACGAGGAGGAGGACGACGAUGUCCAAGUGAUUGAUGAUCUGGCCACUGCGGGCACGCCCAUUGUCGUGGAGAGACCCAAGCAGCGGCCCUGGACGCGUGCCAAGUAUUUGCAAUUUGCGGACAAUCGUCGUCCGCCGUACUACGGCACGUGGCGCAAGCGCAGCCAGCUGAUCAGCGCACGUCGGCCCCUCGGCCAGGAUAAGGUGCACUUUGACUACGAGGUGGACUCCGAUUGCGAGUGGGAAGAGGAGGAGCCGGGCGAGUCGCUGAGCGCCAGCGAGGAUGAAAAGGAGCGCGAAUCAGAGGAGGAAUCGGAGGAGGAAUACAACGAAUGGUUUGUGCCCCACGGCCAUCUCAGCGAGGAGGAGCUGCAAAACGAUGGCGAACUCGACGAUGGCAAUACGCGCGAGGCGCAGAAGGCCAAAUUGCAGGUGCUGCAGCAGGAGUUUGCCCAGGAGAUGAAGAAGCAGACCAAAAAUAUCAAGCCACGUGUGCUCGGCCCCGUCUGGCUGGACGACAAUGGCAACAAAUCGCAGCUCUGUCCCGCUGUCUUCAUACAGACCAUCAAUAUGUACGCCUGCUGGCAGCUGAAGCCGCUGACGCUGGAGCCGCCGCCGGAGCCGGCGCAUGAGGAGGAGGCGCCCGAGGAGGCUAAGGCCAAGCCGAGCAUUAUGCAGCUGGAUGAGCCGCUGUUGCAACAGCUGGUGCGCCUCGUCCAUGGCAAUAGCAAGUCGAAGGCAUUCCUCAUCUCCGAGUAUUUGGAGUAUCUGAAGGCACAGAUUGCGCUGAAGUCGCAAACGUUGCUGCUGCCGCCGUCGAAGACGCUGCUGCGCGAGAAGUUCGACGAGCUGGCCGGCUGGAAAUCGGUCGAAAUGGAAAUCGGUGUCGAUGCCAAAAAGUCCAAGAAACCCAAGAAGCGUCUCUGCUGGGUGGUCAACGCCGCCGCUCUCCACAAAUACCAGCUGGACGAUCUAACACUGCAGAAUCGAUGGACGUACACGCUCACCCCGAAGACGACCAAGACAGGGGACACCUCAUUGCACGAGAUCACUCCGCCGUCUCAUCCAGAGACGCCCGUUGUUGUUGUCGCCUCCACAUCGGACAUCAGUAAAUUCACCACUGGCACGUCAACACCGACAGCUGCACCGUUAGCGGCUGUGCCGUCCACCAAGAAGCGUGCAACGCUGCUGAUGUCUGCGCUGCGGGAUCAGAAUGCCCUCAUCAGCCAGUACCUGCGCAAGCAGAGCGAUAAGGCCAACGCCAAGAAUAGCCCGCCGGCAGCAGUAGCCGGCACUGGCCACAGCAGCGAUGUAGUCGUCCUGCUCUCCGAUUAGUCUUAGUCUGCUGCCCACUAAACAUAUAUAUUUAUAUAUUUUAUCACAUCUAAAUCCAUUUAGUCGUAGUGUUUACUGUACCAACCGUGCAAUCCAUGUAACCCAAUAUCCUUUCACUUGGAUUAUUGCUUUAUGUCUCGGUUAGCUUAGGUGAUUAAUUAAUUACAUUUUUCCUGGCUACUUAUAUACUUGUAUUUCCUAAACAAUAAAUAAACUUUGGUUAUUAUU